AUGGCUCCCAUUGGCAAGCUCCACGGUUUCGCUGGCAACUCGCGCUUCCGCCGCGCCCUCGCUGUCGCGACCCUCGCCGGUCUCGAGGUCGAGACCGACCCCAACUUCACCAUGAAGGACGGCGCUUGGAAGACCGCCGAGUUCCUCGAGAAGUUCCCCUUCGGCUACCUCCCCGCCUUUGAGGGUGCCGACGGCCUCAACCUCCAGGAGUCGGGUGCCAUCGCUGACUACUUCGUCUCGCUUGCCCCCAACGCCAACCUCGUCCCCACCGACGCCAAGGAGGCCGCCGAGGCCAAGCAGUGGCAGUACUUCGCCGACCAGGAGCUCUUCGUCAAGAACGGCGUCGCCCUCCAGCUCAUCGCUGGCCGCCUCCCCUACAACAAGCCCGUCUUUGAGGCUGUUGUUGCCGGCCUCGUCGGCCGUCUCGAGACCCUCAACAAGGUCCUCGCUGACCGCACCUUCAUCGUCGGCCACCGUCUCUCGAUCGCCGACAUCUUCCUCGCUACCGCCCUCGCUAGCUGCUUCACCGGCAUCAUCGACGCCGAGAUCCGCGCCACCGUCCCCAACGUUGUCCGCUACGUCGAGACUGUCAUCAAGAACCCCAAGCUUGCCCCCGUCUUCGACAACGGCAACACCCAGUUCAUUGAGAAGCAGCCCGUCUUCGUCGCCCCCAAGAAGGAGAAGGCCCCCAAGGCUGAGAAGGCCCCCAAGGCCGAGCAGCCCAAGAAGGAGAAGAAGGAGAAGGCCCCCAAGGAGGUCGACCCCGAGGACGAGCCCGUCUUCGCUGUUGAGGAACCCAAGCCUAAGAACCCUCUGGAUUUGCUCCCGAAGAGCACCUUUAACCUGGAGGACUUCAAGCGUGCCUACUCCAACCUCGACACGAAGGGAGCCGGUGGUUCGCUCGAGUACUUCUACAACAACAUGGACUGGGAAGGCUACAGUGUUUGGCGCUGCACCUACAAGUACCCCACCGAGCUUACCCAGGUCUUCAUGUCGGCCAACCUCAUCGGUGGUCUCUUCGCCCGCUUCGAGGCGUCCCGCAAGUACCUCUUCGGUAGCAUGCUCGUCCUCGGAAAGAACAACGAUAGUGCCAUCGACGGCGUCCUUAUCCUCCGUGGCCAGGAUGCCCUCCCCGUCGUCUCUGUUGCCCCGGAUUUCGAGUCGUAUGAGUUUACCCCGCUCGACGUUCGCAACAACGAAGAGCACAAGAGCUUCUUUGCCGACGCUAUGGCUUGGGAGCUGACCCUCGACGGCCGUGAGACCGCCGACGGCAAGAACUUCAAGUAA